AUGGAUUCUACACUUUCUAAGGGUGAAGACCUAUUUAAAUAUAUCCCAUAAUUUCACUUAGAUGAAAACGGAAGAUUUAAAUAUAUCCUUAUUUAGUUAAAGUUUAAAGAUGAAAUUCUUUAUUUUGUUAGAGGAGAAAAAAAAUAUAGUUUUCAUAUGGAAAAUUUUGAAAAAUUUGCUCUUGAUUUAAGAAACUGUGGGCUUAAAUUUGAUUAAUUUGAAUAUGAAGAGGAAGAUGACAAUAUUGUUUGCAAAGUUUAAAAUAUUCCUUUCCAACUAAUUUGUGUAGGUGGUGGUAGAGUUGAAAUUAGCUAAGAGAAAAAGAGCCUUUUUAUUUAUGGAUACUCAUAGAGUUUUGGAAGAGCAGACCAUACUAUUGCUUUAGAAAUAUCUAAAAAACAUAUUUAACAUUUUCCAUAAGAAAACUUCACUUGGAGUAAUGAAGGUUAUUGA